GAAAUACAGUACUUAUUUAGAAAGUCAGAUUCAAAGUGAAAACAUCAACACAUUCUCAGCUUCUGAAUGUGCAGGGAUUCUGUAGCUGGUCGCUCUUAUGUUUUGGAAAAACUGGAAGAGCUCAAGAUGACGCAGAGGAAUGACCGUGUCAUCGUGGUGACUGAACCACCUGCUCCUCAUAAAGCGCGGAGAAGCCUCGAGCGUCAGACUGUUUGCUCUCUGGAUCACUGGAGCACAGCAGGUGUUGGCAGUCUGAUGGAGGACCGUGAGACGCUGCUGGCUGCGAGGUCAGAGGAGAGGAGGACAAACGGCCACGUCACAUGGAGCGCUCACACUCUGGAGUCCAAGGCUGUGGAGGAUUUCAGACGGAGGCUUAAAUACUUCUUCAUGAACCCCUGUGAGAAGUACAGGGCCAGGGGUCGGAAACCAUGGAAACUGAUGUUACAAAUCUUAAAAAUCGCCAUCAUCACAGUGCAGUUGGUCUCUUUCGGCCUGAGCAACCAAAUGAUGGUCACCUUCAAAGAUGAAAACCUGAUGACAUUCAGACAUCUGUUUCUCAAAGAAUACAAGGAUCCCCGGCUGGGAAGCUAUGCACUGUACACUAAAGCAGACGUGUACGAUCACAUCUACUACAUUAUCAACAGGUACACCCGCCUCCAAAACCUGUCUGUGGGUAAUCUUGCCUACGAGAGUGUUGAUGGCGAAUACAGUCCUCUGUCUCUCUGUCAAGUGUUUUAUAGAAACAGCAGCAUUGACCCUGGAAAUGACACCUUUGACAUUGAUCCACAUGUUGAAAAAGAUUGUAUGUCCGUUUACCCUGAACAGUUGCUGGACAACAGCAGCUUGGCAGCACCUGUCAACUUCUCUUUAGAUUUCAAAAGGCUGCUAUCAGUGAACAUCUACCUGAACCUGAAAACCAUCAAUCUGCAGACGGUGCGGCACCACGAGCUGCCAGACUGUUAUGACUUCCAUAUAAUGAUAGUAUUUGACAAUCGCGCACACAGCGGGAAGAUAAAGGUUGAUAUUGAAAAUGAUGUUAGGAUUUAUGAAUGCAGAGACUGGAACGUGGAAGGCUCGUCUGGGAAGAACAAUUAUCUCCUCUUGUUGCUUGAUUCUGUGGUCAUCCUCGCCUGUCUCACCUCUCUGAUCCUCUGCUCACGAUCCGUCAUCAACGGCAUCCAACUCCAGUUUGAGUUCAACAUAUUCUUUCACGCCUACUACAAUAAAAAUGUGGCGUGGUCAGACCGCAUGGAGUUUGUGAAUGGCUGGUAUAUUCUUAUCAUUGUGAGUGACACACUCACCAUUGCUGGUUCAGUACUGAAAAUCGGAAUACAAGCAAAGUUCCAGACAAACUAUGAUGUCUGUAGCAUCUUACUGGGAACAGCCACCAUGCUUGUCUGGGUCGGUGUGAUUCGUUACCUUGGUUUCUUCAAGAAAUACAAUCUUUUAAUCCUAACCCUCAGGGCGGCAUUGCCUAACGUCUUCCGAUUCUGCUGUUGUGCCAUCAUGAUCUACCUCGGGUACUGUUUCUGUGGCUGGAUCGUCCUUGGGCCUUACCAUGACAAAUUCCGAACCUUUGACAAGGUGACAGAGUGUCUGUUCUCUCUCAUCAACGGGGACGACAUGUACGCCACCUUCCUGCAGAUGAGAGACAAGACGCACAUGGUGUGGCUGUUCAGCAGACUCUACCUCUACUCCUUCAUCUCCCUCUUCAUCUACAUGGUGCUCAGCCUGUUCAUUGCUGUCAUCACCGACACCUACGAAACCAUAAAGCAUCACCAGCAAGACAAGGAGCCAUUUUCCCAGCUUCAAGCCUUCAUUGCAGAGUGCAGGGACCAGCCCGAGUCUGGAAGAUACCAGACUGAUGAUGAUCCAUCGACCUGCUGCUUAUCUCCAUGUGGCUGCUUUGGAUAACUCAAGAGGACAUAGUGCCUACUUGUCCCUAAGUGAGCGAAGACUUGGCACUAUGAGACUGCAGAAUGCUCCACAGAGUCCUGAUAGGCUGUUUGGAGCUUUGAUUAUGUGAAUGACUUUUAAGAAUGCUAGAAUAUCUAUUUACUGAGAUAGAAGUACUUCUACUUCACUUUUAUUCAACUUGCUGAAAUGUAAAUUGUCAGACUUUCUCUGUAAAGACUGCUUAAAAGACUGAAUGAUCAAACCA